CCUUUUGAACAAGUCUUCCCCACAAAUAUAUGUACCCAUUACACCUACUUCUCUCACCCUGCACACAUUCACUACUACUUGCUUCUCCUUCUGCUCUCAUCAUCAUGCUCGAUCGAAACAAGAACAAUCUUUGUCACCAAUCAAAUGGCACUUGUGUUAGCCCAAAAUCAACAGAUUUCGAUUUCUGGGGCGAUCAAAGAAGCGACAAAUAUGACCAUUAUGGUGAUAUUGAUCUCGAAACUGAUGAUGAUCGAAUGGAGUUCCGAACUCAGACACUACCAUUGUGGAAGAAGACUCGAAACAACAACAUUAGAUACGAAGCUUCUCCAUUGUUGCCAUACAAUCACCACUACAGCUUUCCAUCUCCCAAUUCGCGGUUACAGGCGAUCAUAGAUGGGAGAAGGGAGCUUAUGGAGAUGAUUCAGGAUUUGCCGGAGUCUUCCUACGAGCUCUCCCUUAAAGAUAUGGUUAAGGAGGAUGACCAAAUCUCCGAAGGAGUUCGGAAAGAAGACGGAACAACUGCUGAAAGGGAACAGAAUUUCGAGACCAAAGUUAAAAUCAAGCAGAAGAACAAGAGAAACACUGGUAGGGGUCCAAUAGCGCGAUGUGAAAGCAUGGACAGUGGAGUUUUCCUUCUGAAGAUGUUCUUCCCAACUUCUCUAGGGUUGAAGAAGAAACCAAAAACCAAGAUUUCUCGGACCCCAUCAUUUGAGGGAUCCGAGAAGAUGGUCCGUAAGGAUUGGUGGAAGAUGAGGUUCUUAGUUGCAGGGGAGAGUAGGAAUAGUGUGAGUAGAGUUAAUGAAAGCACUAGCAGCAGCAGCAGUCGGAGCAGUAGCAGCAAAAGCAACAGCAGCACCGGCAGCAGCAGCCGGAGCAGUAGCAGCAAAAGCAACAGCAGCACCGGCAGCAGCAGUCGGGGCAGCAGCAGCGAAAGCAACAGCAGCAGUAGUAGGAUCACGGAGAGCAAUUUCACUUCCCGUCGCUGGUCCUUCAACACAAAGAAAUGCAAAGCAACAGGACAGCCAGGGUGCUUCUUCUGAAGGAGAAAACCAUAUAAAGGAUCCAUGCAAGCAUAACACCAAAUGGAUUUUUAAAAUUGCAAUAACCAGAGUUUUUCGGAUCUUAAUUCUGCAGAAUAGAUUAACAAUGUAACAUAAUGUAUAAUUUUAUUUUGCCUUCCUGUCAUUCCUAACAUUUCUCGAGAUUAGGAUAUUCCAUGUUAUAAAUUAAUUUCAUAUCUUACCUGUCAGAAAAAAAUAAUAAUUUCAUAUCUUAAUGCUGAUAUUAUUUCAUAUUUUCAUGGUA